UCUAUUCUCUUCUCUUCUCUUCCCCAAUGGCCCUCAUAAGCUCUUGUUUCUUUAUCAUUCUUUUCCUUCUUGGUUUUGCAGAAUCACAGCCUCUCACACACCCCUUUAACCACACUGACUUACAAUCAGCAAUACGUGACAUGCGAGCAAAAUCUUACUACGGAUUCGCAAUGCUUUUGCAGAUGCUCACUGGAACAACAGCACAACCAAAUGGGGAAUUCACUUUCUUGAUGCCGGAUGAUAAACAACUAUCUUCUUCAUCUAUUUCUGCUGAUCAAGUGGGAGAUUUCUUGCUAAAACAUGCCAUACCAAUGCCUCUAUACUUCAGUGACUUAUCUCAUUUCCCAACUGGUACCCUUAUUCCCUCGGGGAAUACCUCCAAAAUGAUUAGGAUCCAUAACCGUGGCAAAGGAGAUUUCUUUCUUAAUAAUGCAAAAAUUGUUUCGGCCAAUGUUUGCUUGAAAUCUGUGAUCAAAUGCCAUGGAGUUGAUGCAAUAAUUGACUAUUAUAAUUGAAAAUACAUUACGUAAUUAAUGAAGACGUAU